CAGGUAAGCCAAGUGUUAAGCAAAGCUGACAACGGGUUCAGUACUAAACGUAACUAUCUCUGGUCCGUGGAAAAUGCCGUGCUUUGUUUUGGUUAACAAAGAAACAAACAAAAAUUAUGUCACUGAUUGACUCCCAAGUUACGAGACUACUUUUUUAACUUAAAAAUUUCAAUGUGUACACCAAAUUGACGGUUAAAUUUAACGGUUAACUUUACUGUUCCGUUCGUUAGGGAAAAAGAGUGUUGAAUACAGUUUUUACAGGAAGAAAUCCAAAUAUAAAAGUUGAUUAUGUAUGUUUACCCAGACUGCUUUGUGCGCUUGUUAAGUUUGACUUGGGAACCAUCGACCAAUCCAAACAAUUGUCUGUCACCCAUACGAUCCCAUAGACCUUUGCACCAAAAUCUUGUGCCCAUUCCCCUUGCAGUUUAUGGAGAUGCAAAUAGGCAUGGGAGAUUUGAAAUUCACUAUAAGUUCACAGUAAAUUAACAAAUAAAUGAACUAAGCAGACAUACAAUCUAUUGAGACUAUACAGCUAAGACAAGUCAUUCAGCCAAUCAGUGUUUCAGUGAGUCACUGUAUCAGUCAGGAUGCCCUAAGUCAGUCAGCAAGUCUGCUCUAAGUCAUUCAGUCAGUAAGUCAGCUUGUCAGCCCCCCAGACAGUAAAGGUAGCCAGUUUACAAGUCACUAAGUGAGUCAAUUAAUUAGCUGUCAAGCCCUAAGAAAGUCAGCAAGUCUGCUCAAAAUCAUUCAGACAUUAAGUCAGUUUGUUAGUUCCUGGACAGCAGGGACAGCCAGUAAGUCAUCCAGUAAGUCAAUGAAUUUGCCAGCAAGUCCUUACACAGUUAAUAAGUCUGCUCUGACUCAUUCAAUCAGUGUCCGUUUGACAACCAUCAGACAGUAGAGUCAGCCAGUCAGUGUUUCUGUGAGGCAAUAAGUUGGUCAGUAAGUCCUAAGACAGUUAGCCAGUGGGUGCCAAAUCAUCUAACCAGUGAUUUAGCUUCUCAGCCCCCAGAGGGAAGUGUCAGCUGGUAUGUCCUUCAUUGA